CGUGAGGCGCACAAUGGUGCGCGGACCGGCAUUGGGAAGACGUGGUGUUACAGGGCGCGCCUGUAAGGACAUCUGGAAGGUCAGGGCCACCCCGUCCCGCUGCCAAUGGCGGAGAGGCCCCGUAGGUCCUGCUGCGGAGUCGAAGGGUUCUGCCGGGUUAUAAAGCCAUUUUCAGCGAAGCCGCUGCACAAUUUCCCAGGUUGCUGGACCUAGAGUCGGUGCCGGCCCUACUAAACUCUCCUCUUCCCAUUUCACCUUGCCGGCCGACGUUCGCACGCACGCACGCACGCAGUACGUCCCCACGUCCCGCAUCAGGCCCGGACGCGCUGCUGGUCGUCUUCUUGUGGGCGCGGCUGCCGCUUUUACCCACGACUGGAUCAGCUGCUCCCGGAAGCACUCCUGCCCUUUAUUUCCUGGCACCGCUAGGGCAUAGCGAGCGCCUGCGCAGGAAAGGUUGGACAAACGCAUCAUUCUUUCUGCCUGCUGCUGCGGGAGACCUUACUGGGGAAGGUCGCGAAGUGACUGGGAUUUUUUUUUUUCUCACUUAUCAUUUAGUAGGCUCUGUGGCUUAAGACUCUGGACGAAGUAAACUAAGUUCUCUUACUGAGAAGUCUCAGCUCCAAGUAUGUUAUGAAAGGCCUAAAUCAAAGAAAAGUGGAGGGUGAAGGGAAGAAUCUGGAAAAUCGACUACUAGUUAUUGUGCCAGCUGUCAUUCUCCUCUAAAGAAGAGCUUUUCCUCAUCAACAAGGGAUGAUUACAGUUCUUCCUAAAAAGGAUGGCUGCUCUUUCUCUAAAGAGGUUAACACUACAAGCCAUAAAGUCUGAAAAGAGUUGCAUUAGAUGUUUUGGUAAACACAUUGUGCAGAAGACAGCACCAGCACAGUCGACCCCUAUUGCUUCUGCCCCAAGAUUCUCCUUCCUAGUUCAUGCAAAAGCCUUUAGUACCACUGAAGACACCCAGAAUGAAGGAAAAAGUAAAAAAAAGAAUGGCACAGCUUUUAGUAACACUGGAAGAAAAAUCAGUCAGCGAAUUAUUCACGUAUUUGAUGAGAAGGGCAAUGAUCUGGGAAACAUGCACCGAGCAGAUGUGAUUAAACUCAUGGAGAAGCAAGAGCUGCGGCUGGUUCAGAGGAACGCCAGCGCAGAGCCUGCAGAGUACCAGCUCAUGACAGGAGUGCAGAUCCACCAGGAACGGCUGAGGCUGAGGGACAUGGGGAAGGCUAACCCCAAAACUGGACCAACCCUGACAAAGGAACUGACUUUUUCUUCAAAUAUUGGACAAAAUGAUUUGGACACAAAGACUAAACACAUUCAGCAGUGGAUUAAGAAGCAACACCAAGUUCGGAUUACUAUAAAAAAAGGGAAAAAUGUAGACGAGUCAGAAAAUAAAGGGGAGGAUAUUUUUCAUCAAAUACUCCAGACUAUGCCUGGAAUAGCCACAUUCUCAUCUAGGCCACAAGCUGUUCAUGGAGGAAAAGCCUUAAUGUGUGUUCUCCGUCCUUUGAGCGAAAAGGAAGAGAAGGCAUAUAAAGAAACUCAAGAGCUCCAGGAAAGAGACACUUUGAACAAAGAGCACGGAAAUGAUAAGGAAUCAAAUACUCUGCAUCAGCAAUUUUAAUAAAGAAAAAUAUGCUUCUGAGAGAAAGUAA